CCGGCGCUGCGCAGCGAGCCGUUGCCGAGCGCUGACGGGAGCGGCCGAGGGCGAGGCCGCCGAGCCGCAGCCGACCGGAGGCUCGCGCCUCCCGGGGCCGAGCGCGCAGGCGCAGAGCGCAGUAACUGCCGGUUGGGGGCGGCGAACCGCAGUGGCGAGGAGGCUGCGGGCCCGGGCGGAGGCGGCGAGGCAGGCGCGGCGGCGCGGCGCAGGCGGGCGGCUCCACCUCCGCAGUUCCGACGCCCCUGCCCUAGAUUCUCUGACUGACGGAGAGCGGGGCCUCUCCCUUACUUCUCUCAGGAGUCGCAGCGCCCGCGGUAGCGGCCCGCAGCGGGACGCGGUCCCCGCAGCCCGACCCGGAGGCGGGAUGUCGGUGGUGGGCAUUGACCUCGGCUUCCUCAACUGCUACGUCGCGGUGGCGAGGAGCGGCGGCAUCGAGACCAUCGCCAACGAGUACAGCGACAGGUGCACGCCGGCCUGUAUAUCUUUGGGAUCCAGAACUCGAGCCAUUGGAAAUGCAGCUAAGAGCCAGAUAGUUACAAAUGUAAGAAAUACAAUUCAUGGCUUCAAAAAGCUUCAUGGGCGAUCAUUUGAUGACCCCAUUGUGCAAACGGAGAGAGUCAGGCUUCCCUAUGAACUGCAGAAGAUGCCCAAUGGAAGUGCAGGAGUUAAGGUUCGGUACCUGGAGGAAGAGAGGCCCUUUGCAAUUGAGCAAGUCACCGGAAUGUUGUUGGCUAAACUUAAAGAGACCUCAGAAAAUGCCCUGAAGAAGCCAGUGGCCGACUGUGUGAUCUCGAUCCCGAGCUUCUUCACUGAUGCUGAGAGAAGGUCCGUGAUGGCGGCAGCUCAGGUUGCAGGCCUAAAUUGUCUGAGGCUGAUGAAUGAAACCACUGCAGUGGCGCUGGCAUAUGGAAUUUAUAAACAGGAUCUUCCGUCAUUAGAUGAGAAACCAAGGAAUGUUGUGUUUAUUGACAUGGGGCAUUCUGCCUACCAGGUCUCUGUUUGUGCUUUUAACAAAGGAAAACUUAAAGUGUUGGCUACCACCUUUGACCCAUAUCUGGGUGGCAGGAACUUUGAUGAGGCUUUAGUGGACUACUUUUGUGAUGAAUUCAAGACCAAAUAUAAGAUCAAUGUCAAGGAGAACUCUCGGGCUUUGUUGCGGCUGUAUCAGGAGUGUGAGAAGUUGAAGAAGCUGAUGAGUGCAAAUGCAUCAGAUCUUCCUUUGAACAUCGAGUGCUUCAUGAAUGACCUGGAUGUUUCUAGUAAGAUGAACAGGGCUCAGUUUGAACAGUUGUGUGCUUCCCUCUUGGCCAGGGUUGAACCACCUUUAAAAGCAGUAAUGGACCAAGCUAACUUACAACGUGAAGACAUAAACAGCAUAGAAAUAGUAGGAGGGGCUACUCGGAUUCCUGCAGUCAAGGAGCAGGUCACUAGGUUCUUUCUGAAAGACAUCAGCACUACCCUAAAUGCUGAUGAAGCUGUCGCCAGAGGAUGUGCUUUGCAGUGUGCAAUCCUCUCACCAGCAUUUAAAGUGCGGGAAUUUUCCAUAACAGACCUUGUUCCCUAUUCAGUCACAUUAAGGUGGAAGACUUCUUUUGAAGAAGGUACUGGGGAAUGUGAAGUCUUCUCUAAGAACCAUCCUGCCCCAUUCUCAAAGGUCAUAACUUUCCACAAGAAGGAACCGUUUGAACUAGAAGCAUUUUAUACUAAUUUGCAUGAAGUGCCUUAUCCUGAUCCAAGAAUUGGAAACUUCACUAUUCAGAAUGUUUUCCCACAGUCUGAUGGUGAUAGUUCUAAGGUAAAAGUUAAAGUUCGUAUUAACAUCCAUGGAAUCUUCAGUGUGGCCAGUGCAUCAGUGGUUGAGAAGCAGAAUCUGGAAGGUGAUCACAAUGAGGCCCCAAUGGAAACAGAAGCUUCAUCUAAGACUGAAAACAAAGAUGAUGCAGACAAAAUGCAGGUUGACCAAGAAGAAGGAGGUCAUCAAAAAUGUCAUGCUGAGCACACCCCAGAAGAGGAAAUUGACCACACUGGAGCCAAGACAAAGUCACUUUCUUCAGACAAGCAAGACCGCAUAAAUCAGACUAUUAAAAAAGGCAAAGUCAAGAGUAUUGAUCUACCCAUUCAGAGUAGCCUGUACAGACAACUGACCCAAGAUCUUCUCAAUAGCUACAUUGAAAAUGAGGGCAAGAUGAUAAUGCAGGAUAAGUUAGAGAAAGAAAGAAAUGAUGCUAAAAACGCUGUAGAAGAAUACGUCUAUGAUUUCAGAGACAAACUGGGCUCCGUCUAUGAAAAGUUCAUCACUCCAGAAGACAUGAACAAACUGUCCACAAUAUUGGAAGACACAGAAAAUUGGCUUUAUGAAGAAGGAGAAGACCAACCUAAACAAGUUUAUGUGGAUAAGCUUCAGGAGCUAAAGAAGUAUGGCCAGCCCAUUCAAAUGAAGUAUGUGGAGCAUGAGGAGAGACCGAAAGCUUUAAACGACUUGGGAAAAAAGAUUCAACUUGUCUUGAAAGUAAUAGAAGCACACAGAAACAAGGAUGAAAGGUAUGAACAUCUGGAUCAUGCUGAAAUGGAAAAGGUUGAGCAGUACAUCAGCGAGUCCAUGAACUGGCUAAACAGUAAGAUGAAUGCUCAAAACAAGCUAAGUCUUACUCAAGAUCCUGUGGUAAAGGUCUCAGAAAUAGUUGCAAGGUCAAAGGAACUGGAUAAUUUCUGUAACCCCAUCGUUUAUAAGCCCAAACCAAAAGUAGAAGUUCCUGAAGACAAAGCAAAAGCCAACGGUGAACACAAUGGACCAAUGGAUGGACAGAGUGGUACAGAGACCAACCCAGAUCCAGCAAAAGGCAGCUCACAGCACACAGAAUCUGGAGAGAUGGACGUGGACUAAGUUUCAUGUAAUUCAACAGUGGGAUAACUACAGGGUCCAUUCAUCCUUUACGCCCGGUACACACAACAUAUGUUCAGUUGUUCUUAACUACUUUUGUCAUUUGUUUUUUGGAGUAGUUUUGAAAAGUGUCUAUAUUGAGUGCGCUGUUGUUGCCCAUUGCUGCUGUGAAGCUUUAGCUGAAUAUAGAUGUACAAGUCAGUUUGAGCUCUCCUCACAUACUUUGUGACAGUGUGCAGGACUGCUGUGUACUCGCAUCCGUCUACCUUAGUCCCGGCUGUUACUUGCAGAGCCCUCAGCUCCUCUGUGCAAGAAGGGGUACUGCAUCGUUCUUUUGUUGCAGAGGCAGGGAACUGAAUGCACUGUUACUGUGAAAAGAAACUGAAUUUCAUGUGGUUUAGAGCCACCAGCACUGACCUUUUCCUGGUAUCCGUAUUGUUAUUUAAAUAUUAAAACAAAUGAGAGGUUCUGACAUACUAGUCCUUCUCACUGGCGCGCCUCAAGAACUCCAGUGUUGUCAUCACAUACAUGAGUCAGAAAGAAACGAUGCAGUUUGAUAUUCAGAUGUCACCAGCCUUUGCUGCUUUUGUUAGUAGAAUGGAUUGAUGUUUAAACUGUUGAUCUACUUGUCCUAAAGACCAGCUGCUACUACACCAAUGCUAAGCCUAUACCUUCAGGUUAUGAGGAAGCAUUGUUGACCUGUUAGGAUGUGCAUCUAGGUUGUCGACAGGCUUAGUUCAGUUUUUAUAGUUGUGUUGGUUUUCUUAAUUGAUUUUUGUUUAUAAUACCUUAAUCUGGGGUAGGGAAAAUUGCACACUUCAUUGCAUCAUAUAUACCUAUCACUGAUUUAAUGUUCCAAUGUAGAUAAACACUAUAAAAUAAGCAGAAAUUCCUAAAAAAAGGAAUACCUGUACCGUAAGUCUUAGGAAAUAAUGCUUGUAAUAAACUUAACUGUGUUACAUCGGUAGGUAAAAUACGUAAUGUUACAUAGUGUAAUAUGAUAUGAUGUGAUUAAAUUAUAGUUCCUGAUGUUAAAUUGCCUUUUGAAAACUUGGCUCCAGGUUUGGUGCUUCUUAAAUGGGAAAAGGCAGUGUACUUCAGCUCUAUUGAGGACCUGGUCUGUGGUUUAUCACCAGACUUGUUCACACCAUUCAGCUCUAUCCUGAGGCUUGGAACUGUUUAUUUAACCAUGGGGAGGGCUGGAAUGAUGCUUCAGUCUUCAAGGGAAAGAAGCAUGACAGAUGUAUAGGUCCUUGUGUUCCUAAUGCUAGUUUACUGAAGAUCAACUUCAGUUCCAGUUUUCAAAGGCUCUUGUCCCAAAUCUUUAUAUUAAACAACACUGACUUUUCUUAAGUAGUUAACGACUGAGAGUAUACUAUCUUUAGGGAUAGUCAUUUCUCAAAUGAGUUCUCUAAUAGAGAUUUUGUUCCUACAAUGUAGUCUGCAUUGAAAAGAGAUUGUAGGAGGGUGGGUGGUCAUUUUACAGAAAUUUUUAUUCAGCUUUUUGGGGGAAGAUAUCAUCCCUUUUUAUUAAGAAAAUCAUAUAGUCACAACAUAUUUUAAAUGUCUUUAUCUUUUAUUAACGUGAAAUAAUUAGAUCCAAUAAAUGAAGAAAUACAUUUUUAAGUAGCUAUCAGUUACUUUUCAUUUGUAUGGUGAAUAUAUACAUAGGUCCACUUUAAAAAAAUCAUGGUUGUGAAGGGAGUAUGUGCCCACACAGAACUGUAUAGCUGCUUCUUGGUUAACACUUGUACUCACUCAGUAGGGAGCUGUUCUCAGAACCCUGUUGGAAGUGGCAGAAGCGUCUCUCCCUGCACCGAAUGUCCAGCAGAGCCUCACAUUCUCCACCCUGCUCUAGUCACUUUCAGAAGUUCAUUGUUUUAGUCGGGUAACAUAUUUUUGUGAUUAUAUAAUGUCUCGUUUAAUAAGUUAAAUACAUCCAAAGAUAAUCUGCACAGUUUUAAAAUUUGAUGUGAAUGUCAAGAAAAAAACAAAAUCCCAUGUUAUUUAUGGAAUUUAAAGGAAAAUAGAUUCUCCUUAGUAGACAGUAAGAUUGAACUCAUCUUUAAUAUACAUUGGAUUAGGUAAUUCUAGAUCUAAGAGUUUUCAAAACAUAAAGGUGAAUUAUUUAAAGAAUAAAUAGCCAAAGCAAUGUUACGAUUCAUCAAACUAUCAAAGAAGGGUAGGAACUAAAGGUUUCUUAAUGUUGGUUUAAUUCCAAAAGUACAAAUUAUCUUCCUUUAAGAAACCAACUCUUGCCAAACAGUGGUGGCGCACGCCUUUAAUUCCAGCACUCAGAAGGCAGAGGCAGGUGGAUCUCUGAGUUCGAGGCCAACCUGUUCUACAAGAGCUAAUUCCAAGAUAACUAGGGCUGUUACAGAGAAACCCUGUCUUGAAGAAAAAAAGAAAGAAACCAACCCUUAAGCCAGGAGUGGUGGCGCACGCCUUUCAUCCCAACACUCGGGAAGCAAAGGCAGGUGGAUCUCUGAGUUUAAGAACAGCCUGCUCUACAAAGCAAGUUCCAGGACUGUCAGAGCUACACAGAAAAACCCUGUCUUGAACCCACUACCCCCCUCCCAAAAUCAACCCUUAAUACAAUUAUACUGUUUUUAUAUAAAGACUGUUAAAUGGUACUAAAAAGAAACUGUGCAAGACAAGGUGGAAGCACCCAGAAGUGCUUUGCUUCAGAAGGAGUCUGAACUCAUGGUGAGGCAGGGCUAUACUGACAUCCUACCUCAGAAAGCAAAUUUGCUUUGAUUCUUUGUUUUUGUUUUUUGUUUUGUUUUUCUAGAUGGGGUUUCUCUGUAGCUUUGGAGCCUGUCCUGGAACUAGCUCUUGUAGAUCAGGCUGGCCUCGAACUCACAGAGAUCCGCCUGCCUCUGCCUCCCGAGUGCUGGGAUUAAAGGCAUGCACUACCACCACCUGUCUGAUUCUGUAAGUAGUGUACAGAAUCCUUAAAAUCUAAAAAGGUAGAAACAUUAUAUCAAAUAACUCAGGUACUGGAAUAACAGUCAGUUUUAAAAUAGUGACUAGGUAUUUUCUGGGAACAAAUGGGGAAGGUAAGUUUUCAUGUGUUUGUGAUUAUUUCCUAGCUAGACAUCUUUAAAUUAUGGAGCUCAAUAAUCAGUUUGAAGACAGUAUUAAACAGUCAUGGUGGCAAAUGCCUUUUAUCCUAGCACUCCUGAGGCAGAGACAGACUGAUCUCAAUGUUCAGGCCAGCCAGGUCUGCAGAGUGAGCUGGGCUAGACUAUAUAGUUGGACUCAGCCAAUGCUACACACACACACACACAAAGUUAGCAAUUAAGUAAUCUGACUUGUGAAAAAUCCACCUAAAAAGGCGAGAGACCUUGACAGAGUGACUAUAUCAGUGUGACCUAAAAUAGGUAAAGCCGUUGUUUAGUUCUUAUGCAUCUGAAAUGUAAUGGUUACCAUGUGAUUUUGAUAGCUGGAAGUUGGUUGGUAACUCAGACAAAUUAAGUCCUUUAUACUAAUUCUAUAUAAUAGGUCUGAGAGCAGGGACAGCUCUGGAGUAGACAGCCUCACUAACAUUCAUUGCCUUCUAUUUCUUCUAAUCCUUCUCAAACAUUCCAACUCCUUGGUGACUAAGCAUUCAAAUGAGCCUGUGGGGGCCAUUCUCAUUCAGACAAUCAAACAUGGCUAAAUUUUUAAAUUCUUAUUCUAAACAGCAAAGGGGCAUCUAGAAUAUUGAGAAUGUUGAAAAUCAAACUGCUUCAAAGGAAAGUUGAAAACUGAAAUCCCUGUGGAAGUGGUCAGCAUUUUACAGCUGCAAAGGCUUCCUCAUCUUCUGGAUUCUUAAGAAUGAAUCUAGCUAUUAUUAGGGUAAAUAGUAACAGAAACAACAUAUUCAUCAAAAUAUAUUGAAAACGGGAGCUUUCAAAUCAAGGAGUCAGAGAUAGUAACUAAGUCAUGACCAUCUGAUGUUAUGAUGCAGUCAGAUCCAUAGUAAUGAAAAUAACAUGGCCCAAGUCACAGAAUGACUAAGGAAACUUAUUGAGACCUUUAUUGUCCUAUAAAGAGGCAGUGAGAUGCAACAUGUCUUAGAUUGUUUUAUAGCAUAUAAAUAACACGUUCACAAUCAAUGAUAUGUAAAAUGUCAUUUAUAUGGCCAGUGUUUUCAAAUGUAUUGCUCUUUUAAAAUCUUGAUGUUCACCAGGUGCACGCCUUUAAUCCCAGCACUCAGGAGGCAGAGGCAGUCGUAUCUCCAUGAGUUUGAGGCCAGCCUGGUCUACAGAGCGAGUUCCAGGACAACUAGGACUGUUACACAGAGAAACCCUGUCUCAAAAAAAAAAAUCUUGAUUUUCCUUUAAUUCCUCUUUCAUGAUAUUGAAAUCUUGAUCACUCUGAUGUUUAAGUUAACAAUUUAGACAGGUUUAGGAGUUUCCCUCCCCUUAUUUUUGAGACUAGAACUAGAUACGUAGUUCAGGCUGGCCUCCAACUUGUGAUUCUCAUGCCUCAGCCUCCAGUGCUAGGAUUACAGGUGUGUGCCACCAUGAUCAGCCCUUUUUUUCCUUUGUAAUACUGAGUCUUACCUUUAGGAUUUGGGACUCUUAAUUCAUAUGAAAUAAACAAAACUAUACAUUUCCAUAUUCAACAUCUCCAAUUUUAACAAUCUCCAGUUUUAAUAGUGGCAUUGACUAGAUUCUCCAUCUUUUAGGUGUUAGGUAAUUUAAAGUCAGUCUGUGAGUACUGUCUGUGAAAUAUGACAAAAUAACAAGGGUCAUGAGAAAGUCACAGAGCAGACACUUUUGAUGCUUUCUGAUUUUAAAAAAAAGCACUGAAUAUCUUUCUACGCAUUAUUAUUUUUAGUUUCCUAAGUUUGUUCCUUCUGAGAAAUUAAGUGAAAAUACUUUUAAAAAAUCAUGACAGCCUGCUUAGAAUGUACAUGUUAAGAAGGAAUUUAAAAUGAAAAACUAGAUAAAAGAAGCUUUACAGUUACAUUUUUCCCUAAAAUAAACUUUUGUGACUUAGUUUCUUGGAAGGAGCAUCUUACCAUGAAGUGGUCACCUAUUAGAUGUGGUAGAAAGAAGCCACUCUUACUCAGCAUCACAUUCUAAAGGAAGCUAUCCUAAAUUAUUCAGUUCUGGUAAAUGGUUUUCCAGUCAUCUCACGGCCUUUACAACUACGUACAAAGUGACUCUACUCCAGUCAUUCCUGUAAAAUAACCUUUGAGUUUUGUUCUUAGUAACUGUUCUUAGUUUCCUUCCUUUUAGAACUGUACAUUUGAUUUAUCAAUUCUGUUUGCAAUUCAGAAAAUUUUAAUCAAAUGUGACAUUUCUAUAAAAAUAAGUUUGACAUAAUAGACCAUUACCUUCAAUGAACAGACAUAAGAAUGGCUUUCAAUGUUACUGAUAAUAUUCUACAAAUACCAUUUUGGAAUAUGACUUUGGUUCACAAAUAUAUCCACAAAAUGUUUGCAUAUGGAAUGAUCAAAGCAUAUAAAACAUUUCCUAUGUGUGUACAUUGCAUCUUCAUACUAGUAAACAAAUAAUUGAUAAUAAAUGCAAUUCACCUUUGGA